AAUAAAUUACUUUAGAUUUUAAUAUUCAACAAUUUGUUAUUAUUAAUUUUCUUAAAAUUAAAAAUUUAGUAGAUCUGUGCAGCAUUUGUGGUAUCAAAUUUCAACUAAACCAAGAAAAUGAUGUGAUGAUUUUCAUAGCCAUGUGGCACAUAGUGAAAAUUUCAAGGAAUAAAACCAAAACACGGAAUGUAGCUUAAUUAGUUAUCCAGUUACAAAUUUGCAGCAAUGUGACCAUCAUUUUUUCUCUUCUUGAAAAACAAAAGAUGGAGAAUGAUUCAAAAGACUAUUCCUCCGCUCCCCAAACCUACCUUUACAGCAUCUCCAUCUCCUCCUUGCCUGGCAUCAGAGAUGCACCAGGUUAGUAUCCUUCAUUUUUCCGACAAUUAUGUGCCUGCUUAUUAUUACUAUGCGCGUAUGUAUCUAUUUGUCGUGUUAGUACGUUACUCUUACUAGAUCAUUAUCAUAUUACAUCAUCAAUGUGACUAGGUAAUCUCAAUGGAGGGAGUAAUAUUACUCAUAACUGUCACAAGUCGAAAACCAAUAUUGUUGGUGCACCAAAUUUAAAUUUUUUGUGAUAUUUUUGUUCACAUAAUGUUUUAUACGAAGUAUUAUCUAAAUAGAUCUUAACUCCCCUUUCUUUUUUAUUCUUUCCUGCUGAACAAUGUAUUGAUGGCACAAGUACUGGAAGUAAAGGCUGGGGAUUCACUAAGAGAUGCAAUACGCUUGCUGUAUGAGAAGAAUGCAGCAGUAGCACUCAUCACAGACAACUCUAGUGCUAAUAAUGCUGCCACUUCAAAGCUCUCGGAUCGCUACAUUGGUGUCAUUAGUUUUGCUUCCAUGGUCCUAUGGUGCAUAGAGAGGCUUAAAAAGGAUGGAGCUAAUCAAAGCCAAAAGGAAGCUGGACAACAUGCAGUCGAGGGCUUCAUCUCGAGGCUAGAUCAGAAUCCUGAUUUGAAGCAAGCUAAGGUGGGAGAGCUAGCAAAAUACUUUCUAUGGGAUCCAUACAUUCCUGUGCAUUUGGAAGACGAUACUCUCUUUCAAGUGCUCCUGCUUCUAUCCAAGCAUCAGCUCCUCGUUCUGCCUGUCAUAAAACGAGCCACAGAUCACGUUAUCGGUUUCAUUUCACAGAAUGCAGUAGUCAAGUUCCUUCUCCGAUCAAGUGGGUUAGAGUGGUUUGACAGCAUCGCUAAUGUUACCUUGUCAAAAUUUCGAUUUCAGAGGAAGAACUCUGUCUAUCAAGUAUAUGGAGACCAAAGUAUAUCAGAAGCAUUGUUAGUUCUGACGGAAAACAGAUUCGCUACAGUUGCUGCAGUAGACAGAAUAACUGGAGAGUUGAUUGGAACAGUAAGAAAAGAUGACAACACCCUUCUAAACAACUAUCAACUGUUUUCAAAAUCCAAGACUAUGACUUUGGCAGAGUUCAUUAAAAUAGCCAGCAAUGAGGACAGCUACAACCUUAUUACUGAUAAUCAGCAGCAUGAUCCGGUGGCCCAAAGUCUCCGCCUAAGAAAUAAUUUUAUCCUGAGAAUGGAUUCACCAGUCAUCCACAAAGAACCCGACACCCUUAAGCAGGUCAUGGUAAAAAUGACGGAGACAAACAAUGAGUCCAGCUUCAUAGUUGAUGAAUUGAACAGAAUGAUAGCUGCACUUACCUUUAAAGACAUUAUAAUAGAGUUUGCUCCACCCUGUUUGGAAUCGAGGAUCAAUGGAGGUGGGUUCUUUGAACCCGCUUUACAGAAAACUGGAUGCCAUAUAGAGAAUGGUACCUUAGUGUCUGACCAGUAAGCUCCUUUGUGUCUUUUUUCUUUCUGUAAUUUAGGGUGAAGUGAAGAUGCUAUAGAAAUGACUGUUUUAAUCAGGUCUAGUUAAGAUUGAAUGUCAUGCUGACAAAAGUUGAGUAUCAUAAGCCCUUUCGAAUUAGACUUCUUA